AUGGAGCUGGCGAGCCCGCGCAUGGUGGAGUUCGACGAUGACCUACAGCCGAACAAGAAAACGAAACAUGGCACGGAAGGCGCGGCGACCUAUGCUGUCAACGCGCACCACACGGCAUUUUCCGACUAUCGAGGCGUGUUUGUCCGGAAGCUGUCUGGACGCGAGGCAUAUCGACGCCUCUUUCGAUACGAGGAAGAUCGGCCUUGGUUUGAGCCAGUCUUGGCUUUUUCAGCAACCCGUCUGAACCUCCUGGCAAUCGCAACCGGCCUCCAAAUCCUGAUCUUCGAUGUCGAAAGCAGAAAGGUCAAAUGUGCGCUGAAGGGGAAUGGAAGGGUGGUCACGUCCGUUUCCUUCUCGAAGAGCAGAUCAAGCUUGUUAGCCACGGGCCAUGUCGACGGUUCGAUAUGCGUGUGGACUCUGAAGCAUCCCGCACGGCCACUGCGCCAUCUGCGUGCCUCUCGCCGCGCCUGCACUCAUGUUGCUUUCAGCGACCAUGAUGCAGAUCUCCUUGCCGCGUGUCAUCAGGAUCGCGUGUCCGUCUGGUCGCUACCAAGCACGCGCCCUGUCCUGCUCACCGAGGCAAUGGAAUCGGGCUUGAAAUCCAUGCUUUGGUUCUCCAGUCAGCCCGAGCGAGUCAUCGGCAUAUCUUUCACUGGAUCCGUCGCUAUUUACAAUGUGCAUGACGCGGUAAAGUCGUUCAGAGCUAGGGCUCCUGCCUCUGGAGUAUUCGAUGACAGUGACGAUGAGCUUGGAGCAUUUGGUGAUCUCGACGACUUGCCCUUCAAGCCUGCCAUACAUUUUGAUCUCAGCUUUCGGAUCAGUCAGGCCCUGCUGUUUGGUCGCAAUGGCUUGAUUGUCCUUCCACACAAAGGUCAUGUGCUAUUCUUUGUGACCUUCAUGGAAAACCACAACGAGCCUACAGAGCUUUGGCGGCUCCGCCUCGACUCCCAAGUAGACUGCUUCACCUUGCGCCAACGUGCAGAUGCAAUCGAGGUUGUAGCCUGCUUUGGCACAGACGCACACGCCUACGAGAUUCCUGGACCUGUUCUAGAUGGUAUGAGGUGGAUUCCUGGAAUGUCCAUACAUCAUCAUCCUCUGACUGUACGAGACUCCAAAGAUAACAUAGAUGCUCUCUCGACCAGCUCUAUGAGGCCCGAGCUGAGUCUGUAUCAGCGCAUAGCAAGACCUCCAACGCUGUCAACCUCUACGAAAGAGUCCCCACCACAGCCCUUGCAUCGACCUAUCCCUAGAACAAAAGCUACGUACAAGGUUUAUGGUGAGCCCUCUAGAUCUGCAACCCCCACACCUCGCUCAAUGACCUCCAGUCUGGAACUACCAAAACCGUCCAAUGCUGAACAAGAGCAUGAUUCACCGAUGCCAUUUCUGUCGCCAGGCAUACCUGCUAAGAAGACCUCGCCAGCUCCGGUGCUCACGCCGCUACACGAGACAGUGCGUCUUCCACCUCGCUCCUCAUUCGAUUCUAUUGCUUCAUCGGCAAAUCACGACAGCGACUCCGACGAUGAGGCAUUUGCUGAGAUCAUGCAAGGCAGCGGCUCCUUCCUCCCCGGAGGAGUAAAUGUGCCACUACCAAGAACCUGUGGAGCAGCUUUCGCACCCAAUGGGCAACUACUUACGUUUUUCCCCUCGAAGAUGCGACCAUCAUCUGCCACCGAGGACGCCAGCAUUACACAUCAGGCUGAUCUGCCCAGACUGCAAAGUCGUGAAGUUCAGCAGCUAUUUCAAGGUUUCGGCAAUCUCAUGCGUGCGGACAUUGAUCGCAGGGAUAGCAUGGCCUCAGAAGGCCAUCGGGAAAACGGAGCUGGCGCGGAAAGUGACUUGGGCCAUUCUCUUAGACAUCUGACCUUGGAUUCUGAGAUGUCGUGGUCAGCAAAGGUGUCGCCUACGAAGCCCAUCUCGAUGUCUUUGACCGUGAAGCAGAGAGUCUUCGUUGCGGUACGUGAGCUUCGACCUGAGCUGCAACCUCAUCGUAUCCUGGCUGAUCAGUACUGUGUCCUUCCUGAUCGUCACGAGACCAUUUCUGAUGUGUGCUUGAAUCAUGCUGGCGCUGCCGAAGACGUAGGCCUGGAAGAGAUCUCAGAUCUUUGGCGUCUUUUGGCCCUGAUCACAGAAUCCAAAAGUGUAGUCGAUCCCAUAUUGCCGGACAACGGAGGUGAGCCAUCGCGCUCGCUCUCGUCGCAAAAGCCCACUGCUUCCCGUAAUCCUUCGACGGCCUCUAGCUAUGUUGGGCGACUUGCACGGCCAGCAUUGGCAAUAUUGUCUUGGUCUCGACAUCCGAUGGGCAAGGCAUGGGCUAUUGCGCAAAUUUUGGAAUGGGCAGAGCGCAGGGGGGAAAUACAGCUGCUAGCUCAUGUCUCGGCACUGAUGUUACAGGCUUCUAAAGCACUGGGCCGUAGUGUUCAGUCUCUAAAAAGCAGAGACACAAGUGAACCCGACGGCGCUCAGAAUCAUUUGGCAGAAUUUGCCUCCACCAAAAUCGAUCCAUUGAAGUUGCCUCCAAGGAUUCCUAUCCUCCGCGCCGGUGCCGAAUUCGUUGACCAGAUCAGUCAAGAUGAUUCUUUGAUCAAGGCACGCUCUCAGGCGUCUUCAAGGGAGCCCUCCCAGCCACCGACGCCCUACUUGGACUCUUCGUCAAGCACGCCGCCUCUAGGAUUGCCGUACUUCCAAAGAUCAGGAACAAAACUUUCUUCGUCGGGAUCUGUGAGUCCAGAGACGCAACGAACUAGCUUCAGCUCAGCUGCCAAGUAUUAUGCGCAGACGAUUACGGAUAAAUUGUCGUCCUAUGGUUCAUCGCCUCCACCGAAGAAGAUGCCGAGUGAUAGUCCAAACGCAAACGAGCUGUCGUCAAGUCUGCCAAACACCACACCGGGAAGCUGGAGCAAGUCUGUGUCAUUCGCUUCCACCACGGACACCGCAAGACAUAGCCAGCGCAGCUUGAGCCUUGCGCAGCAGGAUGAUGACUACGACAGUGACAAGACGAUAGAUGACGCUAGCCUGCCGCACACCCUGAAGCCUCCCACCGGUGUGAAUAUCAAAAGCACCAACGACCUUUUCUGGGACGAGCCUGCGGCCUCUUUCGAAGCGGCAUUUCUCCCUGAUCAGCACAGUGAACAGAGCAAAGUUUGGCGGGAGAGCUACGCCGAGCAGCUGCGUGCCUGGAAUCUCUUGCUUGAAGCUGCCGAGCUGGAGAAAAUCGCCGACGAGAGCCAAGCAACACCGGGUUGGAAUUCUCCUGCGAGUUCGACGGUGAAGCCACUCAUAGACGACGGUCAACAACACGCAACUUGCGGGGUAUGCUUCUGCGCAAUCCAAGCAGCUGAGCACAUGUGCUCUGCUUGCCUACACACGAUGCAUCUGGAUUGCUUAGACAAGAUGUUGCUGGCUUUGGGCGAGAGCCAGUACACAUGUCCAACAGGCUGUGGCUGCGACUGCACUGCCGAAGCCGAUCUUUCAUAUGGACUUGCCGACGAUGAGAGCCCCCCAAGCUCGGCAAGCAUGGGUGAGGAGGUCCCUUUUCGACCUCCAUUUCUCAAGAAGAAGAGUCUGACUGAUCCACGCUCUCUGCGGGAUCGAUUGCAAGGUGAAACAUGGUGA